CUAUCAAUCGCCAUGAAUGAGUCCGUUUCGUUUUGUGACGAUCCUCUUUGGGAUGUCAAUCUAACAUGGUACACCACUCAACCGGAUUUCACCACUUGCUUCCAUCAGACGAUUCUACUCUACAUUCCCACCAUCUUCUUGGCCCUCUUCUCACCCCUGGAAUUGUACUUCCGCAUCUGGAAGGGGUCAAACAAACCCGUGCCCUGGACCCUCCUCAACAUUGCCAAAUCGAUUUUCACUGGGGUUCUCAUUGUACUUCCGGUUGUUGACUUGGGUUAUGCUAUUAGCGAAGACGCCCGAACGGUUCACGUUGUGGCCGCUAUUGUGAAGAUUGUGACCUAUGCUUGGGCUCUCAUUUUGGCUGUGGCUUGUCAACGUCGAGGCGUAGUGACUUCAGGAGUAUUGGUCAUUUUUUGGUUCGUGGCCACUGUGUGCGGAGCCAUCACGUUUGCUUCCGUUCUGAGCACACCUUACUUAAGAGGCGAUGAUUUUAUGCUGCCAUUUCUCUCCUACACACUUCAAUUCCCCUUGAUCCUCGUUCUUUUUUUCUUGAAUUGCUGGGCAGAUGCACCCUCUAAGUACAAAAAGCUCGAAGAGGACGUUCCUAACUUGACUCCGGAAAAGCAUGCGUCAUUCUUUUCUCGGGCAAUCUUUGCCUGGUUUGAUCCAUUCGCAUGGAAAGGAUGGAGACGUACUUUGGAAUAUGGUGAUUUGUGGGACCUGAAGAAGAGUGAAAGAUGCUCAGGAAUCGUGCCCGAAUGGGAUCGUCAUUGGGAGAAGAAUGUCAUCAAAUCGAUCCAAAACUCGAAAUCCCCCUCACAGCUGUCCAUAACGUCGACGUUGGUGAGGAGUUUUGGUCCUGCGUACGCAAUUUCCGCUCUUUAUCAAUUUGGGACGAGUGUCUUGCAAUUCGCUAGUCCUCAGAUCGUCAAUCUGAUUAUUGAUUUUGUGGAAUCGGAUCAGCCUGUAUGGAAAGGCUAUCUUUACACAGGAUUAAUAUGCUUGUCAACGUUGUUCAACACGAUCUUGAAUAAUCAAUGUUUCUAUCAAGAAUAUACGGUAGGGCUCAGGAUCAAAACUGCCCUGAUUUCGGCUGUCUACAGAAAAUCCGUCAAACUCUCCAAUUCUGGCCGAAAAGUUAUGACCGUGGGAGAAACAACCAACCUCAUGUCUAUUGACACUCAGAAAUUCAUGGAUCUGACCCUUUACCUGAACAUGAUUUGGGCUAGUCCGCUACAAAUCGCAUUGGCGAUGUAUUUCUUGUGGGACAUUUUGGGACCAUCCUCCUUGGCAGGCCUGGCCGUCAUGGUGUUGAUGAUUCCUUUAAACGCAGUGGUGGCUCAGCAAAUGAAAAGGUACCAACACGCCCAAAUGAAGGACAAAGACCGUCGCACUCGACUCAUGGAUGAAAUUCUCAAUGGCAUUAAGGUCUUGAAACUCUACGCUUGGGAGCCUUCCUUUGAAAAACACGUGGUUGACAUUAGAGCCCGAGAGAUUUCGGCCUUGAAAAAAUCAGCGUACCUAAACUCGUUCACAACCUUCUUAUGGACCUGUGCUCCAGUUUUGGUGGCACUGGCCUCUUUCGCCACUUACGUUCUUUCAGAUUCUGCCAAUAUUUUAGACGCCAACACGGCUUUCGUGUCCUUGACCUUGUUCAACCUCCUACGCGUGCCCUUGAAUAUGCUGCCGAUGCUUUUGGUAUUUUUGGUCCAAUGCGAAGUCUCCUUGACAAGGAUUAACACUUUCAUGAAUUCUGACGAACUUCGAGCUACUGCCGUGGAAAGGGACCCAAACGCCAAGGGUGGCAUAGUUGUGAAGAAAGCAAACUUCGCUUGGGACAAAGAGGCAGAACCAGUUUUGCGAGACAUCAAUUUGACCGUUAAGGAAGGAGAACUGGUGGCUGUGGUCGGAACCGUGGGGGCGGGAAAGUCGUCGCUUUUGUCGGCAUUUUUAGGUGAAAUGGAGCGCCUUUCUGGUUCAGUCAAAACAAACGGCAAAGUCGCUUAUGUGCCUCAACAGGCUUGGAUGAAAAAUGCGAGUCUGAAAGACAACGUGUUGUUCAGCAAAUCAUUCAAACCCAACUUGUAUGAUCGAGUUCUCGACUCGUGUGCUUUGGUGACCGAUUUGGAGAUGUUGCCUGGCGGUGACCAGACAGAGAUUGGUGAAAAGGGAAUCAAUCUCUCAGGUGGACAAAAACAGCGAGUGAGCAUUGCCCGUGCCGUUUACAGUAAUCGAGACUUAUACCUUCUCGACGACCCUCUAUCAGCCGUGGACUCGCACGUGGGAAAGCACAUUUUCGAGCAUGUGAUUGGUCCAAACGGAUUACUGAAAAAGAAGACCCGAGUUUUGGUCACCCACGGGGUGUCGUUUCUCCCGCAAGUAGAUAACAUUCUAGUCAUGAAAGACGGGCGAAUUUCGGAGCGUGGAACAUACGAGGAGCUUCUGAGCAAACAAGGUGACUUUGCGAGUUUCCUGAUUCAAUAUUUGAGCGAGGAAGGGGAUAAAGAGAAAGACCUGGAAGAAGAGUCUGAAUUGGAGGACCUAAAACAAGAGCUGGAAAAAACCCUGGGGAAGGAAGCCGUCCAACGGCAAAUGAUGGCCAGCAAAUCAGUACUGACCUCGCUGACAGACCUGGUGUCAGACAGCUCAGAGAAAGGAUUGUUCAAUCAGCGAGGCAAAAAGCGUUCGUCACUAAUGUCAACGUCGAGAGUUCAUCCCUACUCGAGUAACAGCAACAUUCCUCCCUCGGAACGAGGGCUCGAUGAAAUCAAGGUGGGACAAAAUUUGAUCGAGAAGGAGAAGGCCGAAAUUGGAGGAGUGAAAUGGUCGGUCUACAGAUAUUACGCGACAUCCAUCGGCAAAAAUUGGUCAAUAGUUACGAUCCUCUUCUACAUCAUUUACCAAGGGUUUCAAUUGGGUGCAAAUGUUUGGUUAUCCGAGUGGUCGACCGACCCUCGUGCCUCAACGGAUACAUCCGUGCGUAAUUUGUACUUGAGCGUUUAUGGCGUGUUAGGAUUGUUCCAAUCGUUGGCCAUUAUGACAGGGACUUGUUUUGUUAUGAUUGGAACAUUGAAUGCCGCAGCCAAGCUCCAUUCAACCAUGUUGCAUCGCAUUCUGCGAUCACCCAUGUCAUUCUUUGAUACCACUCCUUUAGGGCGGAUUUUGAACCGUUUCUCAAAGGAUAUCGACAUCAUUGAUGUGACGAUACCAAUGAACAUUCGCAUGCUCUUGAAUCAGUCUUUCAACGUGCUUGGCACCCUAGUUGUGAUCUGCUUUGCCAAUCCUAUCUUCAUCGCAGUGGUAAUCCCAAUUAUCCUGAUGUACUACUUCCUGCAAAAGUUUUACGUCACCACAGCCCGACAAGUCAAAAGAAUGGAAUCCAUUACACGAUCCCCCAUCUACAGCCACUUCGGAGAGACGAUCAGUGGUGCUCCAACCAUCAGGGCGUACGAAAUGGUUCAAGAUUUCAUCGCCGAGGAUGAGAAGAAAAUAGAUUUUAACCAAAAGUGUUAUUACCCCACGUAUGUGUCAAGUCGAUGGCUCUCGGUGAGAUUGGAAUUGAUUGGAAAUCUGGUCAUCUUAUUUGCCUCGCUUUUCGCCGUUCUCUUCCGAGACACCAUGGAUCCGGGGAAAGUGGGACUGUCGUUAAGCUAUGCACUGAAUAUCACGGGUCCCAUGAACAUGUUGGUUCGAAUGACAUCAGAGGUGGAAACAAAUAUGGUGAGUGUCGAAAGAAUUAGCGAGUAUCAAGACACUCCUCAAGAGGCACCCUUGGAAAUACCUGAACAAGAUCCGCCCCCUGAAUGGCCCCAAUAUGGAGUUGUCAAAUUCGACAACUACCAAACUCGAUACCGAGACGGCUUGGACUUAGUCCUCAAGGGCAUUUCAGUUCAAAUUGAAAGCGGAGAGAAAAUUGGGAUUGUAGGUCGAACGGGGGCGGGCAAAUCAUCGCUAACCUUGGCGCUCUUCCGGAUUAUUGAAUCUGCCGGAGGUUCAAUCUACAUCGACAACGAAAACAUUGGUCUACUUGGGCUUUCGAAACUUCGAUCACGGCUUACCAUUAUUCCACAAGAUCCAGUCCUCUUUUCUGGAUCCAUGCGAAUGAACCUGGAUCCUUUCGAGCAAUACAGUGAUCGGGAUAUUUGGCGAGCUUUGUCUCAUGCUCAUCUCAAAUCUUACGUGUCAAAUCUCCCAGGAGGAUUAAACUUUGAUGUGAAUGAAGGAGGCGAAAACUUGAGCGUUGGUCAACGGCAAUUGGUGUGUCUGGCUCGAGCUCUUUUACGAAAGACUAAGCUUCUGGUCUUGGAUGAAGCAACAGCCGCAGUGGAUUUAGAAACCGAUGAUUUGAUUCAGUCCACAAUAAGAGCUGAAUUUUACGAUUGUACCGUAUUAACCAUUGCCCACCGCCUAAACACUAUCAUGGAUAGCUCCAAAGUACUAGUUCUUGAUGCAGGGCAAAUCAAGGAAUUCGAUACCCCGGCAAACCUUUUGGCAAGAAGAAGUUCUAUUUUCUAUUCGAUGGCCAGCGAUGCAGGCCUGACCAACAAUUUGGAAUGAAAUGGCCGACUCCAAAGUGGUGUGGUGCCAACAUACUUAUUCACGCUCCAUAAUCUGGGUCAAUGAUAAGGUUCCGUAUGAAAAUGGUGUCGGAGGUGUCAAGGUGUUUUAGUCUAAUUUUGCCUUGUAUUGGGGGAAGGGAAAUUCCGAUAGUUUUACAACUAUCGUUGUAAGCUAAUGGAUGAAUAAAUCAAGUAUAAAACUACCCGCAUGAACACUUGCCCCGGAAUAGUUAGUACCUUGUCUUACCUACAUAUGAUUUGUACGGGGAAGUGUACUAAAAAUUAACUGAAUGGUAGGAAGGUAGAAAUCAAGACAUAAGCUGGAGCUUUUUGGGAGAAAGAUCCAUCUUGGUAGUUUUCUACCUC